UCAAUCCAUCCUUAGUUUUCUUUUCAGUUUCCUUAUUAAACCUUCAUAUUCUAAAUGGGUUUUCUGGGCAGAGCCGCCUUCAACUUGUUGCAUGCAGCAAUUGGGUUUGCCACUGUUCUCCUUUAUCCACUGUAUGAGACGAAGAGGGCAAUAGAGAAAGCUUCAUUUCGAGAUCAGCAGCAGCAAUGGCUCACAUAUUGGCUUUUGCUUUCAUUUCUGACCACGAUCGAACUUUAUUUUUCCACCAUCAUAUCAUGGAUUCCGAUUUGGGCUUACAUAAAGAUGGUGGUUUGCUUGUGGCUGAUGCUGCCAAGUUUCAAGGGUGCAGCUUAUGUUUAUGAGCAUAUCGCGACGAAGUUCAUGACGAUCGAACGCGAAGAGAAACCCGAGUCCGAUCUCGAGAAGGAGAAGGAGAAGGAGAAGGAGAAGGAGAAGGAGAAGGAAGACAAAGAAGAGGAGAAGGAAAAGGAAAAGAAAAAGAAAAAGGAGGAGGAGGAGGAAGAAGACGAGGAAGAGGACGAGCAGAAGAAAAUCUUUCGUGCAUGGAAGUUGGUGGAUGAUUACAUUGAAAACAAGGGAGCUGAUUCUCUAGAACAGAUUGUCAAACUUGGUUUAGGCAACUAACACAAACUACCACAAGGAAAUAUGAAGAGGAGAAUGAAUAAUAAGAAGCAUGGCGAGAUGUAUAUGCAAGAUGAUACUCACCCAAAUGUACAAAAUAUUUCUUUUAUAAUGCUUUAUAACCUAUGUUUCCUAAUUACAUGAUCAGAAGAAAUAAAUACCCAAACAUU